ACUGGGAUUCCUCUGCUACAGGAAAAAAAUACGAAUAUUUUAUGUAGGAAGCUUUGCCUUUUAAAGAAUCACCUCAUUGAGCUAUAGAGCAUGACGUUCUUCUCCAGUACAGGUGGUGGCACUAGAGAGGGGCAUUUCGCAGUAGAAGAAAACGAAUGCAAGACAGAAAACAACAAGCAGACGGCUAUUCGGCUAACAAGCGAGCGAGACGAGUUAGCCAGCCGUCAUUACACCAGACAGGCAAGGAAAACUUCUGUACUCACCUUUUCAUUGUUUCUUCUGAUGGAACCAUUGCUGAAAUUAUGAGCUAAAAGUUCAUCUGUCUGAGGCACAGCAUCAGCUAUGUCAGUCCACUGCCUCCUGCGCUGCACCAUUAGGCUAGAAAGAAAACAUGUAGCGACACGCUUUUUCCUGCAGAGAGCUCUGUCUGGAGCAGAGGCAGUCAAUGCUCUCAGACCUUUUUACUUUGCCGUUCAUCCUGACUUCUUUGGUCAAUAUCCCAGGGAGCGGGAGGUGAAUGAAAAUUCUUUGAAGAGGUUGAACGGCUAUUUGGAAAAUCUCCAAAAACCUGGCUCACGUUCAGUUCAGCCAAUGAAGCUGACUUUUUACGUGAGGGAGACGAAAGACAGCGGUGACCCGCGGCAAGCCGUCCUGACCUCAGGGUUCCGUUCAGUGAGCUUUGUCCUGCGUACAAAAGAUGUCCUGAGCACAGUGACAAACGUGUUAAAGUCCUGCAGUCUGCCCGUGGAACACAUGAAGGAACUCGAAGCCCUUGCUAAAGCUUCCCAAAGCUCAGCUCAAGCCGCCAUUCCUUUCUACAGACCCAUCAAGUGGGACAAGAGCUACUAUACCUUCACUGGCUUCAGAGACCCUGAGGAGGAACUGCAGCAGGCCACCAAAGUAGAGCCUACGCUCAACAUGUGGCUUCACAAUAAUGAGUCCGAGGCAACAAAAAAACUCAAUGAUAGUCUUCCCCGCAGAGAAGAACUCAAACGGCUAAAGGAGAAACUGUGCCACAAAUUUAACCUGGCUGACAUAAGGUGGCAGCGCAGUUGGGGAGUGGCUCACAGAUGUGCUCAGCUUCAGAGUCUCAAUCGAUUGUCCAUGCAGAAUCCGGAAGCCAUGCUCAACCUGCAAGGCCACACAGUCGUGUUUGCUGACCAGUCGGGGAUGAACGCCUCCGGGGACGUUAUGUUGGGAACUACAGAUGUUCAUCAUCAGUGGACCAAACUGUUUGAGCAGCUUCCCAGCUUCCGUGUCCUGCGGCAGCAGACGGAGUGGCUCGAGGACAGGAUCAGUCAACUCCUGGGCGGGAUGCGGGUCGUUCACGCCGAGAGGCUGGGACCGGUUGAGCCUAUUACCGAGUUCUACAGCGCACUUUGCACCUUCCAUAACAAUCUCAUAUCUCAGAGGCUUUGUCUACACCCCCGGAGCCUUGAGGGGCUCAGCAUGAUAUUGGAAAAAGGCUGGUCUAGUCCCAGUCUUCAUGAGACGGGGCAAUACAUCAUCCCCGCCAAUUGUGACCCAGCUAAACUACAGGCCUUCCUUCAGAGCCACGCAUCCAUUGCCAGGCAACGCACUCAACACAAAAAAUUGCUGCAGGCAGAAGAGGACGCCUUGGUGAAGUUGUGUCUCCAUAGUCUUUCUCUUCGGAGUCUUUCCAAGGAGCCCAGCGUCACCUGUAGCCAGAUGAUUCUUUGCUGUAAAAAGUUGUUGGACCUGCGUUCACCCCUCAUGUUGGGCCUCCAUGUUUUCGUUUCCCAUUUCUACUCGGUUACGCAGGACGGAGACCUUUGCAUCCCCUGGGACUGGAAAAGUUGAACUGGAAGAGGUUCAGUCAAUCCACCUGGUACCGCUCACAUUUCAAUUUUGAAUAGGCAACAAAUAUUUUGUAGCAGUUUGUUCAUGGUUUUUAACAAGCCUUUGUGAAGACACAAUCAUGUUAGCAUUGAAUGGUCAGUCAGUUCGCAACAACUUGAAUGAUUAAUCGGUUAGUACUGAUAUUUGAUGAAUCACUCAAUAAGAAGCACUUUAUUUUAUCCUGACUGGAACCAAAUAGAGGAACCAUAACAGUAUUCUAACUGUGAAUAUUGUGAAUUACUUGAGUACAGAAAAGUCACGACUUUGCCAGUAGUGUAAUAAGGGUUGUGUUCCGGUAACAUCUGUCUAGUUAGUGUCAACUCUACUUAUCAGAUUCACUUCUAUUAUUUGCUCCCAUAGACACGGUUCAGUCCUUUACAAACCUCCCCGUAAAUAAUAUUUGUUGUGACCUCAGAGUGCCACAAAAUGCACAGAAAGUGACCUACAACGCUGGCCGAAAGUAUUGGCACCCCUGCAAUUCUGUCAGAUAAUGCUCAAUUUGUAGUAACAUCUUCAUUUAUUUUGCUUGCAAUGAAAACAGACAAAAAAGAAUUUAAAAAAAUGAAAUUAUCAUUUUUACACAAAACUCCAAAAAUGGGUCGGACUGGCACCCUUUGAAAAAUCACGUGAUGUAUCUCUAAUUUGUGUAAUUAACAGCACUUGUUACUUACCUGUGGCACAUAGCAGGUGGUGGCAAUAACUAAAUCACACUUGAAGCCAGUUAAAAUGGAUUAAAGUUGACUCAACCUCUGUCCUGUGUCCUUGCAUGUACCACAUUGAGCAUGAAGAAAGAAGAACUGUCUGAGGACUUGAGAAGCAAAAUUGUGAGGAAACAUGGUCAAUCUCAAGGCUACAAGUCCAUCUCCAAAGACUGUGUCUACCCUGCACAGUGUCAGCAAUAAGUGUAAAGCCCAUGGCACUGUGGCCAACCUCUCUAGAAAAGAAAAUAAAGAAAAAUUGACAAGGGAUUUCAACAAAGAUUGUGCGGAUGGUUGAUUAAAAAAAAAAAAAAAACUCGACUAACAUCCAAACAAGUUCAAGCUGUCCCGCAGUCCGAGGGUACAACAGGGUCAACCCGUACUAUCCGUCGGCGUCUGAAUGAAAAGGGACUCUAUGGUAGGAUACCCAGGAAGACCCCAAUUCUGACCCAGGGACAUAAAAAAGCCAUUCUGGAGUUUGCCAAAACUUACCUGAGAAAGCCAAAAAUGUUUGGUUAUAAUGUACUCUUGUCAGUGAGACAAACGUAGAGCUUUUUGGGAAAAGGCAUCAACAUAGAGUUUACAGUCAAAUAUGGUGGAGGUUCACUGAUGUUUUGAGGUUGUUUUGCUUCCUCUGGCACUGGACUGCUUGACCGCGUGCAUGGCAUUAUAUAGUCUGAAGACUACCAACAAAUUUUGUAGCAUAAUGUUGGGCCCAGUAUGAGAAAGCUGGGUCUCCCUCAGAGGUCAUGGGUCUUCCAGCAGGACAAUGACCCAAAACACACUUCAAAAAGCACUAGAAAAUGGUUUGAGAGAAAGCAUUGGAGACUUGUAAAGUGGCCAGGAAUGAGUCCAGACCUGAAUCCCAUAGAACACCUGUGGAGAGAUCUGAAAAUGGCACCCUUCAAAUCUUAGAGACCUGAAGCACUUGGCUAAAGAAGAAUGGUCUAAAAUUCCAGCAGAGCAUUUUAAGAAACUCAUUGAUGGAUACCGGAAGCGGUUGUUCGCAGUUAUUUUGUCUAAAAGUUUUGCUACCAAGUAUUAGACUGGGGGUGCCAAUACUUUUGUCCAGCCCAUUUCCAUAGUUUUGUGUAAAAUGAUAAUUUUUUUUGCAUUGUCUUUUUUCAUUGCAAGCAAAAUAAAUGAACAUAUUAUUGCCAAAGUAUUUGUAAUUGCAAUCAUUUUUUGGGAGAAAUUGAGCAUUAUCUGACAGAAUUGCAAGGGUGCCAAUACUUUUGGCCAGCAGUGUAUAAGUGUAAGACCCAAAAUGAUGAUAGACAAUCCAAUUCAUUUGGAUUCACUGGCUGUGAAUGUUCCACCUUCCAGUGCCAAUGACAGCGCUAGACGUCCGCUCCAUUUUGACUGGGGGGGCUGAAUAAUUUGCCCCUCCCAGUCAAAAUUGAUUGGACGUCUAGCGCCGUCAACGGCAGUCAAUGAGAAAGUGACCAGAAAAUGCUAAAUUAAAGUGCCUGUGACACCAUGAAAACAAUCUUAAAUAGCAUUAUUGUUGGACUGAAAGUCAUAUUUUGAGACGAUUCGACUAUAUAUACAACAAUUUUGCAAAGCGCAGAUGACGAGAAAUGAGUCUUUUGGGUGAUGACGCCGGCGGAGCAGUGAUUUCAGAAUUCGGCCCAAUGGAGGAGGAAGCGUUUUUCAGUGAUUCUGGUUCAAGUGUGGAUCUUUCAAGUUAUAUUGUCGAUCCAGAGGAAGCCUGUGGCAUAUAGCCAUAUAUGUUUGAGUGUAUCUGGAGGAGGAGGAAGAAGAUUUAGAACAACAACAAACACAAGGCUGAUGACUAGAGCAUUCUGUAAAAUGUCGUUUUUAUCUCUCUACUCCCAAUAUUUUUACAGCAUAUUCUUUGUAUCUAAGUAUUUUUCCCUGAUUGCUAAAUAAAUUGUAUGGUCACGAGAAA